UUCACGUACGGCCACAGUCAGCUGAAAACUGGGCAUCCCGUCCGCUCUGCCAUACAUAAGCAGUUGAACGGCAGAUUAGUACUACGGUGGGUGACCACGUGGGAAUCCCUGCUGCUGUACGUUUUGCUUCGGUACACAGCGAUACUUUUUUGGUCCUCCAU